AUCAUGUCGGGCAGAUACCGCAGAUUCUGUCCACCGCCACCCAACUACAAGACCUUGUUGGAGGCAAAAUAUGUAGAUCGCCUCAAGCGACUGCAUAACUUGGUUAAAAUAGUGAAUCGGCCCCUUCUCAUUGUUUUGCAUUUGUUCGCCGAUGAUGUUGUGACUUUGAAUCAUUGGAUAGACAUGAUCUAUGAACUGGCGGCACCCGAGGCGCAUGGAGCGGCAAUGGAUUUCUUCAUCGACGAUGUGUAUGGGGCUUAUGUCUUCAAUGAGUACGAAUUUAAUUUUUAUCGUAGUGAAGAUAUGGGCUACUCCAUGGACUCACCUCCGCUAAUAUACGGUGUAACUGCAAAAGGCAAAGUGGUUUUCUUUGGAAAUUUGGAGGGCCCACAUGUGCCCACCGCUGAGAGUCUGAAAGAGUUCUGUGAGCAGAUGGCGAUGGGAAACAUAGAGCCACUCCGUCCUGUCAAAGUGCUGCAUGUUGACUUGGCCAGCAUGAAUGAGCUCAUUUAUUCAGAGAGUCUCGACAUCGCGCUGUGUUUGUACAGCUCUCUGCAGAAUGGCACGGAGGUGAACAAGAAUUGUAUGCAAUGUCUGGAGAUACUUUCCGAUAAACUGAAACAGGAGCCCAUUUGUUUGUAUAAACUGGAUACCCACGGCGUCAUUUUGCCAAAAAAGUUUCAAGUGGAAUCGACACCCGCAUUGUUCUUUCUGCAGGGAUCCAGAAAACAUUGUCCAAUUCUAUGCAAGUACAACCUCAAUCUACAGGGUAUGCUGAAAUUUGUGGCUGGAAAUGCAAGCACGGAACUACAUCAUUAUAAUUGCCUUGGACACCACAGACUGUAUGCGGAACUGCAAAUGCACAUGGAAGAUUACUUUGGCAAGAAUUAGCAAC